AUGGCAUCGACAACCUCGCAAUCGCACCCACUCCUGCUCGCGACUAGUGCAGCCUACGGCGUGCUAGCCCUGGGCCACACGAUGAAAGGCCUCGAUCAGUUCAAACAUCCAACCAUGAACACGCUUCCACUUGUGCUUCGGGGUGCCUCCAAGAUUGGCUGGUACGAAGGCAGUGGCUUCUUUGUCAUCAUGAGCAUCCUCAACUACAAAUGGUCUCAGGUGGGAGUGUACGACAUAUAUGACAAGAGCAUUGCUGCCAUCUUGACCGGCCUCCUGGCUGCUGCUGGUGCGGCCUAUUGGAAAUCAAACGACAAGCCAACUGCUGUGACGCUGGCUACCGUGGCUAUCCUCCAGGGUCUUGGCGUGAGGAACGGGUGGUACCAGCGCUCUUUUUAG